UUGUAUGGAAUAUUGUUAUGACAAAGGAGAAACGAAAAACUCCAGAUUGCUUUUGAUGCCGGGGCAGCACCAGUAAAAAUCAGUUAACCGCUGGGCUAAUGAAUGCAGAAGAGAAGCGCGAACCGCAGUGCAGACGUCUUUUGACAAUGCUGUGUCAGUUAAUGGAUUGCCAGUGUACUUUAUCAAAGACCAAGGAAUAAUUUUGUGUAGAAAAUUCUGUUUCUGGAGACUUUCCUAUCAAUCGGUGUCAACAUGAAUGGAUAUACGGCAGUGACUAAUUUUAAAGACACCACAAAGACAAUAAAUAUUGACAAACAGGAGCCUAAGAUUGGAAUUCAUAAAAAUGACUGUAAUUUGGACAUUCCCGAGUCAGACAGUGGGGACGAUUCUGAAAAUACUUAUAGACCUUAUAGUGACACAGUGGAUACUGACGCCAGUAACACCCAGGACGAAGGGGACCCGCCGUCACCGCCUGUGUCCCGGGUAGCGGACAGGUGCUUGUUGAACAAUUUGAAUAUAGUGAGUAGUAUAAUAAGCAGCGACUCGGACAGCUGCACGGAGGGGGAGUUUAUCUUGGACCGUGGUGGGCAGACGACAGACGAAACCAGCACGUCGUCUGAAUCUGAUGAAACGCAGAUAUGGGUGGGAAACCGAACAAGGACCAGUGGAAGCGUUUCCACUCCUCCACUUCCUAGUUUGACCAGCUCCAAUGCCAGCGACAGCUGUGUCCAAAGCCCCAGCAACCGGAAUAAUACAAUUCCACGGUACUCCUCCCGUGAAGUUUCCUCAUCUGGAAACGCGUCAGUGGUGACGUCACAAGCGGGCACUGGCGACGAAGCUAACGUGGGCAGAAGUCACUCAUGGCAUGAACUUCCAAGUGACGUUGAAUGUCAGAUUCAGAGAAGGUCGUCCAGAAACAUCAGUCUUUUACGCCAUAACCCAAGGACUGGAAAUACAGAAACAAUUGUGAUUGAGACCCACCCAAAUGGAGAUUCAGGACUUGGUCACGAUGUCCAUUCUAAUUCUGAAGAACUCUUCUAUCCGGAUUCGCCAUCAAAUGCAUCAUGGUCCAUUCUAAAGAAAAACAAUGGCCGAUACAAUGACGUCAAUAUUCCUGUUGAUUCCACUCUCAUGGACAACAUGUUCACGAGCAUCAGCGGAUUAUAUGCCAUGGCGGUUGUUGUAUUGGGUUGUGUUAUUCCUAUAUCAAAGAUCUUCUCCAAAGAAACUUUCAUCUUUUCUUUCCUUUUUGAUGGUUUUUAUAUAUACAUAUACACAAUCAGUGUAUUUUUUCUAAUAUAUGCGUACGUCUACCUCCUCCAAGAUAAAUCCCUCAAACUUCGGAAAAACCUUCGAAGAGGACAGUACACUACAACUUCUGGGUCACGUGGUAAUUUAAAACGGAAGUACUCAUUUGAUGAUUCCCGAACCUAUCAUACCGGAAGUUUCUACCUGAGACUCGGUGCAGUAGGCUUUGGUAUUGGUAGUAUGAUACAGAGUGGGCUUCAUUUUGGGGAGUUAUUUGACACACACCCAGACCCCCCUUCCUACCCAUGUGAAAAUAUCGCUGAAGGAGCCAGACCUAUUUUGCAUCUCAUAUUCACAUUUGUACAACUUUAUUUUGUAUUCUUAAAUUCCAAGAUGUGCAUACAUCGAUAUAAAACAGUGGCAAGGUUUGGGUUGAUGCACAUGGUGGCAACAAACGUUUGUGUCUGGGUCCAAAAUAUUGUCCAGGAGACCUUGCGUGAAAUCAGACCUCUGUAUGAAACAGGUGCAGGCACCAACGAGACAAGAGAUUCUGUUGUCCAAAAUCACACAGGAUACCGCCUAGGUUGUAAUAGGAAUUCUUUGAUGUCGGACGUUGUGGAAACCUCUAGUUCUUACUUGUAUCCAUGUACCAUUGAAUAUAGUCUCAUAUGUGCAGGAAUUCUGUACGUUAUGUGGAGGAAUAUCGGAAAGGGUGGGCGGACACAUGAGGAGGUAACAAGUGAGGAGGAAAGCAAAGCUAAAUCUCAUCGUAUGACGGUCGACUGUUCCCGCUCUAGUCGUGGACUCUUUUUGGGAAUUUUUAUCCUCGUAGGAACAGUCAUAACUAUGAUAACAUUCUUUGUUCUCAUUAGGUCGAAUAGUUAUCUCAAUACGGCCGUCAAACUGGAACAUUUAUCUGCUGUGGUUAUUUACGUAGUGACGUCAAUUGCCGUCGUAUUGGCAUUCCACAGAAUGCAGACGUUACGAGUAAAUUCGGAGAGGGAAUUGGACCUGGAGGAGUCGUUGCUUCUGUUGGGUUUAGGAGGUCUCUACGUGUUUACUUUUUUCAGUAUUAUUGCCGCUUCCAUGAAGAAAGGACCAACGGAUUACUUAGUCAUUUUGUCCUGUGUUUUCAGACUGUUUCAAGCCUCAUUGCAAACAGUCUUCCUUUUAAGUGGAAUGCGAAAGUCGUCAUGGCGACGAGAACAAGAGAGACAAAAGCCUGGGCGGGAAUAUGUUACGUUCUUGUUAGUCAGUAACAUUGCAAUGUGGGGACUCAAUACGUUUGAAAUUCAGAGAUCUCGGGCAAACCCAGUGCAACUUGAAUUUUAUGGAUUUGUAGCCUGGACAAUUUUUAAUCAUUUAUCUGUCCCACUGACCAUUUUCUUCCGGUUUCAUUCUACGGUGUGUCUGUCAAAUAUCUGGAAAAGUGCAUGGAAAAGACGGAUGCCGGCAGUUUAGGUGUCUUUCAUUUACUUUUUAGCACUGUUAUCAAAAUUAUCAAUAGAAAUAUGCAUCGUAUUUGCUUUAUUUUGAUGCUACCAUCUUUUUCAUAAUCCUCAAAGGCUGAUCAUUGUGUCUAGUAUUAUAUUCAUAAACACAUCAAGUAUUAUAUUCAUAAACACAUCAUUCUUUUAUGAAACUAUGAGUCCGGAUAUGAAAAUAAUUAUUUUUAUACAACUAUCAUAAAUUUUUAAUGCCAAAGGGCUUCAAAGAAGUUGCUAUUGUUCUAAUGUG